CCUCCUGCUGAUUGAUUCCAGCAGAUGUGAGGGUUGCGCUGCUGAGCGAGGAAAAGACGCUACAGCAGGCAUGCCCCUGGCACGCAGUUUGUCGGUCACCUCCUUGUCCGGUCUUGAAGAAUGGGACGAAGAGUUUGAUCGGGAGGAUGCAGUCCUGUUUGAGAUUGCAUGGGAAGUUGCCAAUAAAGUUGGUGGCAUUUACACGGUUAUCCAGACCAAGGUGCGCCUGACCUGUGAGGAAUGGGGGGAGAACUACUUUCUGGUGGGCCCGUAUACAGAGUCCAACGUCAGAAUGCAAGUGGAGCUGAUUGAACCCUGCAACGCAACACUCAGGAGAACCAUUGAAAAAAUGAACAGCAGCGGGUGCAAGGUAUAUUUUGGCCGAUGGCUGAUCGAAGGUUCUCCAUAUGUGAUUCUGAUAGAUGUGGGCUUCACAGCCUGGUCUCUGGACCGCUGGAAGAGUGAACUGUGGGAGAACUGCAGUAUUGGUGUGCCCUGGUUUGAUAGAGAGGCGAAUGAUGCUGUACUCUUUGGCUUCCUUACUGCAUGGCUACUGGGAGAGUAUGCAGCUCAAUGUGAUGACCCCCCUCACAUCGUGGCUCAUUUUCACGAGUGGCUGGCAGGUUUGGGACUUGUGUUAUGCAGACAGCGCCAUUUACCCGUAGCAACCAUCUUUACCACACACGCCACUCUGCUGGGCCGAUACCUGUGUGCCGGAAGUGUCGAUUUCUACAACAACCUCGCAGAGUUUAAUGUGGAUAAGGAGGCAGGUGACAGGCAGAUCUAUCACAGAUACUGUCUGGAGCGUGCAGCGGCCCGCUGUGCACACGUCUUCACCACUGUUUCUCAGAUCACUGCGAUCGAGGCUGAACACUUACUAAAGCGGAAACCAGAUAUUGUGACUCCAAAUGGCCUGAAUAUUAAGAAGUUUUCAGCCAUGCACGAGUUCCAGAACCUCCACGCUCAGAGUAAAGCACGCAUCCAGGAGUUUGUCAGAGGCCAUUUCUACGGGAAUUUAGAUUUUAACCUUGACAAGACAGUGUUUCUCUUCAUUGCUGGACGCUAUGAAUUCUCAAAUAAAGGAGCUGAUAUCUUUCUUGAAGCAUUGGCCAGACUUAAUUACCUACUGAGGGUGAAUCACAGUGAGGUGACGGUAAUAGCAUUCUUCAUAAUGCCUGCUCGUACCAACAACUUCAAUGUGGAGACCCUGAAGGGUCAAGCAGUACGGAAACAGCUCUGGGACACUGCACAGACUGUGAAGGAGCAUUUUGGGAAGAAACUCUAUGAAUCACUUUUAGUAGGGCAGCUGCCUGAUGUGUCUAAGAUGUUAGAUAAAGAGGACUUAACCAUGAUGAAGCGUGCCAUCUUCGCCACCCAGCGGCAGUGCCAGCCUCCUAUCUGCACUCACAACAUGCUGGAGGACAACACCGAUCCCAUCCUCACCUGUAUCCGCCGCAUUGGCCUCUUUAACAGCUCACAGGACAGAGUCAAGGUGAUCUUCCAUCCAGAGUUCCUCUCCUCCACUUCUCCUCUCCUGCCAAUGGACUAUGAAGAGUUUGUAAGAGGCUGCCACCUCGGAGUAUUUCCAUCUUACUAUGAGCCAUGGGGAUACACACCAGCUGAGUGUACAGUGAUGGGUAUUCCAUCGAUUUCCACUAAUCUGUCUGGGUUUGGCUGUUUCAUGGAGGAACACAUUGCCGACCCAUCUGCUUAUGGCAUCUAUAUUCUGGAUCGGCGGUAUCGUGGGGUGGAUGAGUCCUGUAAUCAGCUGACGUCUUUCCUGUUUCAGUUCUGUCAGCAGAGUCGCAGGCAGAGAAUCAUCCAGAGGAACCGAACCGAGCGCCUCAGUGACCUGCUGGACUGGAGAUAUCUGGGCAGGUAUUACAUAUCUGCCCGGCAUAUGGCCUUAGCGAAAGCUUUUCCGGACACCUACAUUUAUGAACCUCAAGAGCCAACUUCGAAUACAGGCUUCCGAUACCCGCGACCUGCCUCAGUGCCCCCAUCCCCCGCCCACUCGCUUCACUCCUCGCCCCAUCACAGUGAGGCUGAGGAUGAAGAUGAACGGUACGAUGAAGAACUGGAGGCAGAGAAAGAUCGGAUCAACAUCCGCUAACCAUUCAACAUGCAAAACCGUAACAAAAAACAGACCUUCUGAUCUGCCUGAGAAAAACUAAAAUAAACCCCUUACAUCAGACAUGCAUACGUAGACACACUGCAGCUUAUACUGUGAGGCACUUAUAUCUGUUGAUGCACUCAGACAUGUGUAACGACACUCCCCUAAAAGUGAACAUAAUAUCUGCACACAUAAUGUCUGCACGUUGGUUUUGCAGUUAUUGCUUGUGAAGAUAAAUAAAUGAGAUAUUUAUGUAUGUGGUUAGCCAUAUGUGAUUUCAAGCCUUUCUGUUUCAAGUUUUCUAUGUGGUCUUUCACACAUGACAUAAUACAGAAAUAACAGAGUAAAGAAAAAAUGGUAGCCAAAGUUAUUAAUAGUGAAUUCAAUGAGACAAUAAGUCAAAUAGAAAGAGCCACUGUGAAAUAUUAUACAAAUUAAAAACUUUUGACACAUAGAUUUCUCCUAAUUACAAAUUAAAUGAGCUGAGAAGUGAAAGCAUUACAAAUAAUAUUUUUAAACAGAACUUCAUUGUGAAUGUGAACUUUAUUGCAUUCCUGAAAUUACCUCAGUCCCUUGUAUCCACACGGAAGUUAUAUUUCUUACAGAGUUUUACACCCUGCCAGAUUUCCCUUUCCAGUAUUAUGUACUGAAACAUGCAUAGUUACUGUACAGUCAUUUUCAUUGCAUAAAAGAAAGGUUUGAGUGUCAUAAUGUAGCAAAAGCUAGCCAGCUAAACUAAUACACUGGAGCAUCAUUGGUACUGUAGCACAAAUACACACCAGCUCACUGUUUGAGUUUGUCAUGUCUGUUACGGCUGUAGAACUGAGACUGAAGUCUGUAUCAUUAUUAAAAUAACACUGCAGUUGUUUUUAUUCUAAA